AUGGCUGAAUCUAUUCUUACUCAUAUUCUUCUUAAUGAACGUUUACUCGGGAUGAUGAUUCCUGAAGCAGUAUUCCCAGAACUUCCCGUGAAAACCCUCAGGAAACUCACCGUUUCUGAUACAGUUGAUAAAGGUGUUUAUUACUUCGAAAAAACAUCGGCUCAUAUGCGAGCAACAAAUCUGCUUUUAAAACGCUUGCAUAAGAAUAAAGAACGUUUGGGUCAAAUUUAUAAAAGUAUUUCAUGGAAACCCGUUUCACCAAUUGAAGAAAUACAUCAAUUAAGUAUUACUCCUCGGCAAGCAUUUGAAAACAUCUUUAAAAAUUUAUCUCAUUCAUCGAAUACAGCUAUCUCGAAUAUUAUUGAAGAUAUUACAAGUGAAUCUUUCUAUACUCGGUACCUGUCAAAAUUAAAAAUAGUCGAUGAAAAACCGGUUUACAAUGGUCAUUUGCAUGCAGAAAUAUUGUUAAUCGAUUUUUUAUUAGAAAAUAAUAUUAAUCAGAAGGAUCACUUAAAUCAAGUCGAGAUAGGUAUUUCAAAAAUACCUUGUCUACCAUGUUCGUAUUAUAUUGCUGUAUUGAAUAAAAAAUAUAGUCGUUGUUUUUAUCAAUCGGAUUGUACUCAUGGUAAACUGUAUGGAAGAUGGAUGUGUCGAUCGAAUGAAGAUCCAACUAUUAUCAAUGAAAUCAAUAAUAAAUUAACUGAAAAAAUUCAGUAUUUAAUUGGAAAAAUCUUAAUCGAAAACAAUCGUCAUGGUGUUCCAAAGAAAAGUGGUGACAGUGAUAUUAUGUUUACAUCUAUGGAGGACGAUGAUUUUGAAGAAAAAAAAUAUCAUGAAACUGAUCCUGCACAAGAUUUUGUUAAACGAAUUGAUGCUUCGAAAGAUGUCGAUAAGGUAUUUGAAGAUGUUCGAAAUGUAUUGAAUAAUUUAAAAUCAACAUCUUAA